AUGAAUUCUCCUGGUAAACUCAUUGAUAUAGAUAGUCCACUGAUCAACUCCUUGAACUCUUCACAGUCAGAAGAUAAUGCCUUAACCUCGAUCAACGCAAUUUCAGACUUAAGACUACCAACGUUCGGCGUUAAUAAUCCCAGAAUCUGGUUUGCACAAAUCGAAGCUUUGUUCAUGGCUAGAGGUAUAAAAUCUCAGGCAACAAAGUAUGCUUAUGUAGUUGGGGCACUCCCUAUCGAGAUUGCUGCGGAAGUCGGAGAUUUAAUCGAUCACGUGCCAGAAGCUGAACCUUAUGAUAAAUUAAAGACAGCCGUAAUCCAACGCACCUCGGUUUCAGAUGAGAGAAGACUGCAGCAAUUGCUAACUUCUUGCGAAUUGGGGGACAAGAGACCCUC